UCGGUAUGACGGGUGGCGCCUGUACGUAACUCCGUAGAUACGGUCCUCGUUAGUCGAUCAAGUGCCAGUGUUUUCACACGUGAGAAAUUUGAUGACUCUGACAGCACGUGACUGACAAAUAUGGCACCUCUAGUAAUAUGCCACUUACCUGACAGGAUUAACUCGACCAGGAGUUGUUUGAGGUGAUUGGUUAUUUCUUUGGAUGUGUAUAAAAAGGAUAGAGACACCAACGAGAAUGAUCAAUCUUAGAUUUACAUAGAAACGAAUAUCACUACAACCAAUUCGUACCUUACCAUUCUUUACUUGACAAUGGAGAAGUCGGAUUCUAAAGCUCUUCUUGUCCAGAAUGACGAAUUAGACAUCUUGACCACAGAAAAUAUUGACAACGAUGACGUUGGAUUUUCAUCUGGAUAUGAAUCAAACCCGGAGUCUUUGCUGGAAGUAGGCGAUUCAAGCGACCAAGAAAGCGACUACAAGGCUAAAGAUGCCGUGAACUACAAUAGUACCAGCGCCCUCUGUGAACAGCUUAAGUACAUCCUGUCCAUGCCAGAGCUGUGUGACGUCACUUUCCUCGUUGGGCCUACCAAAGUUCCGGUUCACGGCGUGAAAGCAAUUCUUGGAACUCGCAGCAGGGUCAUGUACCAGCUGAUUCUACAGAAACAGAAGGAGGAAGAAGAAAAUAAGUCGAAGAAAUCCCGGAAAUCCCGAAUCAGCUCUCGCCUGGUCAUUGACGUGAAGAAAUACGAGCCAGAAGAUUUCCGAAAGAUUGUCCAGUUCAUCCAUUGUGGAGCAGUUGACGUCACUGCCAAAAAUGUCACAGGUCUUCUGUGUGGAGCAAGCCAGUUUAAACUCAUGGACCUUAAAGUGGCAUGCUGGGAUUUCAUCAAGCGGUGUUUCAAGUCUGAAAACGGAUCCAUAGCAGCGAUCCGGAAAGGUGCUCAUCAGUACAGCCAUCAUAAAACAGCUGGCAAGCUCUUAUCUAAGAUUUCCAAACACAUAGAACAGGCCUCCCAGGAAACAACGUCAGCGUCACCAUCGUCCAUAUCGUCUACUCCUGCGGUAUCCUCCUCAGUUUCAUCGCCGCCGCCCUCGCCUUCGAGGUUGACGACUACAGUAUGAUUUGACACAUGACAUUGUACUGAUUUAAAUUUCUAAAAAGUGCUGAUAACUCAAACCACUGUGCAAUCACAUCUCAACCUGACUUCCGGUUUGUUGUGGACUGCCACAGUUUACCAGGGUAUGGCCGUGUCUAUAUGAAAUAUAGAAUGUCUCAAACCAUUUGAUACUCAAGAAGGAAACAAUGCCAUAGUUGCUCAAACGGAUGUCAGUUGUCUGUUACAUGGAGCGAGUUGAUAUGAGACAUAUGUUUGUGUACCGGAAGUAAAAUGUGUAUAUACGCCUAGUGUGUGUACCGGAAGUGAGAAAAUGCCUGUGUGUAUCGGAAGCGAGAAAAUGCCAAUGUGUGUACCGGAAGUGAGGAAAUGCCCAUGUGUGUAUCGUUAGCGAGAAAAUGCCUAUGUGUGUAUCGGGAGUGAGAAAAUGCGUGUAUGUGUGUGGUGUUAUAAUGUGUACCGGAUGUGAGAGUAUAUUUGUGUGCUAUAAUAUUUGGUGCUAAGUUUUGUGCUGAUAGUCUUCCGUUAAUAUAUUGUAUAGCAUGAAUAAUACAUUUGAAUAUA